AGGUUGUAGGACUUGUUGGACUUUUGUCGUAGAGGGGCAGAGGGGUCUGUGGAUCUGUGCAAGAAUUUCACCGCUGACUGGACUGUGUAUGACUCGGGGUUUCAGCUCUGACCAAGCUAAAAAGAUAUCAAUGAGAGUCCUGUUUUGAGCCACACCUCUGUAUAUCAAGUGGAGGGGAAGCACACAUGCAAACCAGAUACUUUGGUACUUCAACCAAGCCUUUUGUCUCCUCGUCCAGUCCUCAGAUGUUGGUAAUGAUGGAAUUAACGGUCAAUGCCUAAGGAGAAAGCACUUGUGAAUUUCUUGCUGCGCCACACACUUCCUCAUGGAUUCCAGCAAUGACGAUGCACUUGAUAUCAUUAUCACCAAUGUGGUGGCAACCUUCAGGACCAGGUGCCACCUCAACCUUCGCACCAUUGCCUUAGAGGGAGCAAAUGUCAUCUAUAAGCCUGAAGUAGGGAAAGUCCUGAUGAAGCUACGUAAGCCCACGAUAACAGCUUCAAUCUGGUCCUCAGGGAAAAUCAUUUGCACUGGAGCAACAAGUGAGGAUGAGGCGAAGCUGGGUGCUCGCAGGUUAGCACGCUGUCUGCAGAAACUGGGCUUCAAGGUGAAGUUUUCAGCCUUCAAAGUGGUGAACGUCCUGGCAGUGUGCUCAAUGCCAUUUGCAAUCCACCUUAUAGACUUCACUAAGAACAAUCGACCCAUUGCCAGCUAUGAACCAGAGCUCCAUCCUGCUGCCACAUACAGGAUCAAAAACAUCAAGGCCACUGUCCAGGUGUUUUCUACUGGCAACAUCACAGUUACAGGACCAAAUGUGCAGAAUGUGGCCACAGCUGUGGAGCAGAUCUACCCUCUACUGUUUGAGUGUCAGAGACCCCUCUGCAAAUAAAACAAAAAGGUCAAAGACCAAAAGACAUGACAGAAGUGAAGCACCUUUCCCUGGAUUCAUUUGCCUGAUUAGAACACUCAACAGCAACAUCCUUACACUUCAAACUAAUCAGUGGACUGGAUUUUAAAAAGUUCUUAACCCUGGCUGAAGACUUACACACCCUCCAGGAAGCUGACUUGGACUAUUUGAGGUGUUCAUAACCUGAACGUGAAUGUUUGCCUUUCAGACUUUGAAGAAAAAUUCUCCUCAGAACUGGACUUACACUGAACACCAUGGAGGUUAUUUGCUGUUGGUGUUUUUGCAUGGACAUCGAAAGACAGAUUCUCAAGAUCCAAAACAUUUGAAUGCUUAAGCGUUGUGACCAGUGGGAGGAAUCUGUAUUCUUAAACUGGAGAAACUUCAUUCUUAACUCUAUUGACAAGAUACCCCACGUCUGCAAUUGCUCUGGAAAAAUCUCCGUCCACAACUGGAUUUCAGGUGUUAAAGCAUGUCCAAGGCAUUAAAUGUUCUUGACAGCACUCAAGCCAUGGACUUGAGCAUGGACUGUUACACAGAGGAAGAACUGAUCUUAAGGCAGAUCAUGUAUCUGCACACAAAAUGCAUUAACUCCUGAUUUUAAUCAUUUCUGUUAUUUUAAACUUUUUAUGUUUCAGACUUCACAGUGAUUGUGCUUUGAAUUUUGUUGUUUGAUCAGAAUGCACACAACCAUUGUGACUUUAAUCCUCCUCUUUUUCUGGUAGUUUUAAACACAGGAAAAACUUGAAAUUGUUUGUAGAGGCUGCUAAUCUCUGAUAAACGGGGGGGAAAAAAACAAGAAAAGGUUCAAGAGUGCAGGUACAGGUUUUCAGGUGGUGAGAAGUUAAGCCAUAGACCCGGAUUAUGCUUGUACAAAAGAACCCCUGGUUAGUCCCAGGCCGUAGUGGCACUGAGAGAAUCAAGGUUUUUCAAAUAAGCUAAUUAACAGGCAGAGGAAUUAAAUGCAAUGAAAACUAGCAUCUUAGAAAUUACAGCAACGGUAGAUGACUGGUUAACUGAGGCUGUAAUGUAAAGAGCUUAUGGUGAUAAAAAGCAUUACAUAUGAAAAUGUACAGCUGUUAUCUGAACUGUGUACAGUUCAAAGGCUUGGAGAUCCGCUCAUACACAUUUGUAUUUUAUUUAAGGUCAUGAAAGUGUUGGAGAAAGCUGUGCUAACAUGAUCCAGUACCUGUAGACACUUAAACCAUCUGUGGACUAAAUAAGAAAACCAACAACGAAAGGCUAACUGUUUUAAAUGGGAUCCUGCUGAUGGGCUGUGUAUUUGUAUGUAUAUAGUUAAAAAGGAAAAGGUGUUGACAAAAUUUUACAUGUUGUUGCAGGAAUGUGGGAUGGGCUAAGUGAUCCAGUGUCCAUUGAGGAUUUGUGAUGUAUAUUCAGGAUUUUGUAUUUUGUAUAAAAAUAAAGGUUAAUGAUAAAACGGG